UCCUUGAGAGUUCGAGGACAUGGAGGCAGCGUGCCCUCCCGUGAGGACUGGCAAGUUCGUAGUGGUGGGCGGCGGCAUAGCGGGCGUCACGUGUGCCGAGCAGUUGGCGAUUAACUUUCCAUCAGAAGAUAUUCUCCUGGUAACAGCUUCUCCUGUUAUUAAAGCAGUUACAAAUUUCAAGCAGGUUUCUAAAAUUUUGGAAGAAUUUGAUGUUGAAGAACAACCAAGUACCAUGUUAGAAAAUCGUUUCCCCAACAUUAAGGUUUUAGAAUCUGGAGUAAAGCAACUGAAGAGUGAAGAACAUUGCAUAUUCACAGAAGAUGGCAGUCAGCAUGUGUACAAAAAACUCUGUCUGUGUGCUGGAGCUAAACCAAAAUUGAUAUGUGAAGGAAAUCCUUAUGUAUUAGGAAUUCGUGAUACAGACAGUGCUCAGGAAUUUCAGAAACAGCUUACUAAAGCUAAAAGAAUAAUGAUCAUAGGAAACGGUGGUAUUGCACUUGAGUUAGUAUAUGAAAUUGAAGGCUGUGAAGUUAUUUGGGCCAUUAAAGAUAAAGCUAUUGGGAAUACUUUCUUUGAUGUAGGAGCUGCAGAAUUUUUGACUUCCAAACUCAUUUCUGAAAAACCAGAGACUAAAAUUGCACAUAAAAGAACUAGAUAUACAACUGAAGGAAAGAAAAAAGAAGCAAGAACCAAAGUUAAUGCCGAUAAUGUAGGCAGUGCCUUGGGACCAGACUGGCAUGAAGGGUUGAGUCUUAAAGGAACAAAAGAGUUUUCUCGUAAAAUUCAUAUUGAAACUAUGUGUGAAGUAAAGAAAAUCUAUCUUCAGGAAGAAUUUAGAAUUCUAAAGAAAAAGUCCUGUACUUUCCCAAGAGACCAUCAUAAUGAAUCAAUUAAAAGUGAUAAAGAGAUGUGGCCUGUGUAUGUGGAAUUGACCAAUGAAAAGAUAUACGGCUGUGACUUCAUUGUCAGUGCUACAGGAGUUACACCAAAUAUAGAACCUUUUCUCAGUGGUAACAAUUUUGAACUAGGAGAAGAUGGUGGCCUGAAAGUGAAUGACCAUAUGCACACAUCCCUUCCUGAUAUCUAUGCUGCAGGUGACAUCUGCACUGCCUCUUGGCAACCUAGCCCAGUCUGGCAGCAGAUGAGGUUGUGGACCCAGGCCAGACAGAUGGGAUGGUAUGCUGCAAAAUGCAUGGCUGCAGCUAGUUUGGGAGACUCUAUUGACAUGGAUUUCAGCUUUGAACUGUUUGCUCAUGUAACAAAAUUUUUUAACUAUAAGGUUGUAUUGUUGGGAAAAUACAAUGCACAGGGCUUAGGUUCAGAUCAUGAAUUAAUGCUGAGGUGUACCAAAGGACAAGAAUACGUCAAAGUCGUCAUGCAAAAUGGGCGAAUGAUGGGAGCUGUCUUAAUUGGUGAAACUGAUUUAGAGGAAACAUUUGAAAAUUUAAUUCUAAACCAAAUGGAUCUUUCAUCAUAUGGAGAAGAUCUUCUAGAUCCAAAUAUUGAUAUAGAAGAUUAUUUUGACUAAAAUGGAAAUUUCUUCAAGAACCAUAUAAAGGUCCAAAUGAGGAAAACUGGAAGUCAGUAAAGUGAAUCAUUGCAAUAAUCUAAUGAUGGCCACACUGAAGUUAUAUAUAGAAGUUAUAAUGAUGUUAGUGGGAAAAGUAUUAAAUACAAUUCUAAAGAUGAAAUCAGUUCAAAUAAUUUAUUUAUAGAUAUAUUUCUAACACAAAAUUGGCCCCUUAUUAUAUAAGAAAUCUUAAGUUACACAUUUUUAUAUUUUGAACUUAAACAUUUUACUUAUGAUUUAGCUUGGGAGCAUAUUUAACCAAGUUCUUAUUUAUUUAGCCAAAAUGUAUUCUAAUAGACCAGAUCCAUUUUUGACUGUAAAAUGUCAAAGUAGGGAUAUAGUUUAAAAAAGCUUACAGUUUCAUUUCCCUGAAAUAGAGAUGUAGCUGUAACUUACUUGC